AUGUGGUCCAGCAUCCAGCGUCAGCAAAAGAAUCUGGAAGGAUAUGUUGGCUUUGCAAGCCUCCCCAACCAAGUGUACAGGAAGUCUGUCAAGAGGGGCUUUGAGUUCACCCUGAUGGUCGUGGGUGAGUCAGGUUUGGGCAAAUCCACAUUGAUCAACUCUCUGUUCCUAACGGAUCUGUAUUCAGCAGAGUAUCCUGGACCCUCACAUCGAAUCAAAAAGACUGUACAGGUGGAGCAGUCCAAAGUUUUAAUAAAGGAAGGCGGCGUCCAGCUGCUGCUCACAAUAGUUGACACCCCAGGGUUCGGAGAUGCCGUCGACAACAGCAACUGCUGGCAGCCGAUCAUCGACCACAUAGACAGCAAGUUUGAAGACUAUCUGAACUCAGAAUCGCGGGUGAACAGACGACAGAUGCCCGACAGCCGAAUCCACUGCUGCCUGUACUUCAUAGCCCCCUCGGGACACGGAUUGAAGCCCUUGGACAUCGAGUUCAUGAAACGGUUGCAUGAGAAAGUCAAUGUCAUCCCGCUGAUCGCCAAAGCAGACACCCUCACCCCAGAGGAAUGCCAACAGUUCAAGAAGCAGAUCAUGCGGGAAAUCCAAGAGCACAAAAUCAAGAUCUACGAGUUCCCCGAGACAGAUGACGAAGAGGAGAACAGGCUGGUGAAGAAGAUCAAGGACAAGUUGCCGCUGGCUGUAGUAGGAAGCAACACCAUCAUCGAGGUGAACAGCAAGAGGGUCAGAGGGAGACAAUACCCCUGGGGGGUUGCAGAAGUCGAGAACAGUGACCACUGCGACUUCACCAUCCUCAGAGAUAUGCUCAUCAGAACUCACAUGCAGGACCUGAAGGACGUGACAAACAACGUCCAUUAUGAAAACUACCGCAGCAGGAAGCUGGCUGCCGUCACCUACAACGGAGUGGACAACAACAGGGCUAAAGGACAACUUUCCACCAAAAGUGACACAGUUGAAGGAAUGAGUCCCCUGGCCCAGAUGGAGGAGGAGAGGCGAGAGCACGUGACUAAGAUGAAGAAGAUGGAGAUGGAGAUGGAGCAGGUGUUUGAGAUGAAAGUUAAGGAGAAAGUGCAGAAGCUCAAAGACUCUGAAGCAGAGCUUCAGCGGCGUCACGAGCAAAUGAAGAAGAACCUGGAGGCUCAGCACAAGGACCUGGAGGACAAGAGACGCCUGUUUGAGGAUGAGAGAGCAAACUGGGAGACCCAGCAGCGCCUGGAGCAGCAGAAAAUGGAGGCCUCCAGAACUCUGGAGAAAAACAAAAAGAAAGGCAAGAUCUUCUAAAGGACAGUCGGCAGGACCACCCCAACUCAAGUUAAAUUUGUUUGCCAACGUUGCCGGUCAGGACACCAGCGUGUGGCACUGACACCCCCAACCCCCCCCCUCCAUUCUCUCUCCCCUUCUUCCUCCCUCUCUCCCUGAUCCUACUCCUACUCCUCCUCCUACUGCUCUGUCUGCCAGCACAGCUGUGUUCCUGCUCCCAGCCACUAGAGGGAGUACUGGGGGGUAUAUGUGGGUAUGUGAGGGGGGGGUGGAGUUAGGUCUGCAUGUACAGUCAGAACCACCACCACAGAGCCCCCUCGCUGCUUCGGGACUUAUCAUCAUCAAAGAAUGUGUUUACCUUAACGACAGGAAAAAAAACUAAAUAACCCCGAUUUAGAAAGGCCAAACUCAUAUUAUUAUUUUAAUUAUUAUUAUUAUUAUUGAUGUUAUUAUUAUUAUUAUUAUUGUUGUUGUUAUUACUGAAUACUGUCCCCCGCCCCCACCCUGCUGCUCUCUUUUCCUCCCCAAGGUUGCUUUUUAGAACGACUGACGUGUCCGACUGUUGUACAAUCAAGUUCUGGUGAAUUGUAUUUGUUUACAGGAAAGAUGACAGUAAGCGUGUAUGAACAUGAAUAUGAACAUUAACCCCCCGAUCUUCCAUCAUAUUAUUGAAGCAAGAAGAAGAGGACGAGGCAUUAACUAAUCCUUUCUGUUUUGUUUUGUUUUUUUCUUUUUUUUGAGUGUACUCGGUAAACCUUUUAACCUGCCUCCUUAUCAGUGCAACAGCCUAAAAAAAAAAGAAAAACGGUGUCAAGAGGAGAAAGAAAAACAACAACCUGAAGAUAAGAACAUCAAUAAAAAUGCACCUUGGGCCUUUUUAUAGAUUAAAAAAUAACGGCUAAAGCUUAUUUCUGAAACGUAACGCUUUUGUUUUCCUCUGUAUUUAGCUAUCUCCACUAGCCUUGGACCACAAUUUAUAACGUCAUAAGUGUUAUAUUUCACUUUAGUUUAUUUUUAUAUAUACCGAGCCAGCUGAAGUAAAUAACUUCUUUUGUAUGUUUAGAAAAAAUCCUCAGAGACUCAAGCAGCGUCCACUGUUUAUUAAAAAAAACAAAAAACUUUCAUAUAUAACAGUGAUCCUGGACGCCAAACAAACAACCCCCAGCCCCCCCCAAAAAACCCCAAACAAACCCAACAACAACGUUUCUUUUACUGCGAUCAGUGAGAAAGAAGAGUCAACACCGCAUUUUGCUUUGGCUAUGUACUCCAUCUCUGUAUUUUUAAUUUUAUUUUUCAUUUGUAUUGUACAAAGUCACUUAAUAAACCUGUGAUGAUA